AUGGCAGCAUUACUUAGGAAAGAGUUAAAGAAAAAGGUAUUUCAUCCAAAUGGAGACCGUCUGUUUGCUGUGAUUGAAGUAAUAACAGAUGAACAGGAAGAUGAAAGGUAUUACCUUUGCAGUUCAGUAACAAAUUGCAAAGAAGUGCAAAUCACAUUUGUGAAAAAUAUGACUUCAAGUCAUAAUGGACAAUUUGAAAAAAUCACUACAUGGUACCUUGAAGAUCUUAAGCUUGUUGAUGGAAAAGAAGCAGAUCAAGAUAAUCCACACUUUGAUAUGCACUUUGAUAAAGUUUAUGGCUGGGAAAGUUCCAGUACAGCUUCCAAGUAUACCUUUGCCCGAUGUUUGCAGGAGCUUAAUCACCACUACCUGGGGAAGAAGAUCACAUUUGUGAAUUUUGAUGCUGAUUUUCUAAAUGAUACCAGUUCAAAUAAAUGA